CACACACGUCACCCACCAUGCGCCUCCCUCUUCUCCUUGGGCUUGCACUCGUCGUGGCGUGCGGCCUGGCCACCGCGUCUGUGCAUGCUGGCCAGACUCCGCGGCCCAUUGUCAUGUGGCACGGCAUGGGCGACAACUGCUGCUCCAAGCACUCGAUGGACAUGAUCGCCGGCAUCAUCAAGGACCACAUCCCAGGAGUCUACAUCUACUCGGUCAUGAUCGGAUCAUCGCCGGCCGAGGACACGGCUGCGGGCUUCUUUGGCAACAUGAACUCGCAGGUGGCAACCGUGUGCGACCACAUCGCCAACGAUCCCCAGCUCGCCAACGGAUUCAACCUCCUCGGCUUCUCUCAGGGCGGCCAGUUGCUGCGUGGGGUUGUCGAGCGGUGUGCCCACAAGCUCCCGCCCAUGCAUAACCUCAUCACCUACGGCGGUCAGCACCAGGGCGUGUCCGAGAUUCCCAACUGCGAACCGACGUCGGAGCUGUGCCAGAACGCCGCUAAGCUUGCCGGCAUGGGAGUCUACCUCCCGUGGAUCCGCGAUCACAUUGUGCAGGCACAGUACUUUCUCGAUCCGUUUGACUACGACGCCUACCUCAAGUACAACCAGUACAUGGCCGACAUCAACAACCAACGCGCCGAGAAGAACCCGCUGUACAAAGCAAACUUGCUGACGCUCAACAAGCUCAUCCUCGUCCGCUUCAACAACGACACCAUUGUCAUCCCGCGCGCAUCGGAGCACUUUGGCCGCUAUGCCCUCGGCACCAUGGACCGCAUCGUGCCCAUGACCGAGACUCCGCUGUACCAGGAGGACUGGAUCGGCUUGCAGGAGCUCAACAACUCGUCGCGCCUUCUCCUCCUCGACACUCCCGGCGAGCACAUGCAGAUCGACAUCGAUGACUUUGUCAACAACGUUGUCAAGCCAUAUCUCGACAACUAGUCCUUCUACUGACCUCCCACCUCCUGCCUCGCCGUGCUUUGCCCAGCCCGUGCGUGUGUAACACACAGUGCUUUUUCGCCC